ACAUGAGUGCCAGGGGAAAGGCGAGAGGAAAUAUAGUAAAGAUCAAACUGAAUCGGUGGUAUAUAGUAUUUCUACAUUAAGUGUUACAGCGGGAGAUGAGAGCACUACAGAUUCUGGAAGUUCUUUCCUAAGCUUGCAAGAGGCUCAGAGUGACAUUACAGAAAGUACUGUUAGGAGUCGCAGUCAAGAACGUAAGCCUGACGUGAACCAAUUAGAAUCAGUAUUCAAUUUACAUCGUAGAUCCAAUGGUAAUGAAUUUCUUUGUGAAUAUUGCCUUCAAGAUUACGUUAAAACCAAAGCCACACACUUUUGUGAACUUUGUGGUAACAAUGGGAAGAAACUGUGCUGCAAAUGCCUAAGAUUUCAUGCUAAGUUUACAAAUCACCGAGAAGUGACUUCACUUCUUACAAGAACGAAAAGUUCUGACUCUACCAAAGAUCAGAAAAAAGUCAUGGUAAAACAAAAAUCAAGGUCAAACCCGUGUCAGCUAAAGAUUUUAAUAGAUGAAGAUAGUAAAUCAUGUACUGCCAUCGAUUUCGCUCAAAUGAGAAAUGGCAAUUUGAUGAUUGCAGACCAUGCCAACAAAUGUAUGAAAAUAUUCUACUUCGACACUUUACUAUUAAAAGAAGUAUUUUAUUUAGAGGACCAUCCGAUGUGUAUAACGUGUUUUCCUGACGACAUCGUAGCUGUUGCAUAUCAAGAUGCUCUGUGUUUGGAGAUAUUUGAGAGGGGGCAUGAAACAUUGAGCACCUACGAAGAGCUGGGAGAUUGCAACGGACUGAAGUGCCUGGAUGAAUAUUUGUAUUUUUUAGGCUCAUGCACAGUAUGCAUAUACUAUUUACAAGACCGGGAAAAUUUACAGCUUGUAAAAAGUAUAGAUAUAAAACCAAUUGGCAUUUAUAAACCAGAACAAAUUGACAUAGACGAAUUUGGUGACACGUUAUACAUCUCCGAUGCAGCUUUCGGAGUAUAUAUCUUAAAUAAAAGUGGAAGAGUUCUUAAAAGUAUACCCGCAAACGAGGCAAGAGGUAUCAGUUCUGAUGGUUUGAAUAAAGUGUUUGUUUGUUGUUUUGACACUGACGAGGUGUUAGAAAUCAAUCAGGAAACUGCCAAAACAAAUUCUUUUCUGUCGGUGAAACAUGGAGUGAACGCACCCUGCGCGCUAUUCUUCGACCGUAUAAGAAGGCGGCUUUACGUUGGCAUGCACAAUAACAACUGUAUUUUAUACGCUGACAUUUUAUAUUCAUAAAGUUAUAACGGAAUUUGCGGUGUGUAACUAUAGUAGUAGAACUUACACUUGUGUUUCAAUGUUUUAUCCUGCAUGUGACAAAAAUGCUCAAUGUUUUGAAAUAUUUGGAAAACAUAUAUGGCGAUAUCAAUGGACUCAAGAGCUCGGAUGAAUAUAUGUAAUUCUAAGACCCAUGGAAGGUACCGCUAUGUUUAUACGUUUGACAAGACCCGUUAACUUACACGAUGGAAGAACGAUAGUUUCCGAUAAACAAGAUAAGCUUAGACGAAUUAUCUUAACUAAAAGUGGAGGAGUGCCGGACAGUCUUUUAAACGCGUCAAGUAUCCGUUUUGAUAGUUUAAAGAAAGUGCUAGUUUGUUGAUUUUAUUCUUUAGAAUAAGAAUAAAUAAUAAAGAAUAAAUCUA